CAGUGCGCUCACACAGCUAGUGACGGUGGACUAGUGGAGCACUGCUAGUGUCUCUCUGCGCUCUUUACUGGGGUUUUCCGCCACACAUUGGACCUGUUUGGACUGGGAGAAAGGACUAAAAUAGAAGAAGCAGCCACUGGAGCUACCUGCUGAGAAAGUAGUCCGGUGCAGAACUGAGAUCACCUGCUGGAGGCGUAAAGGCGAAUCACACUUCAAGGACAAUCAAUCAAUGGAAUAACGUGUAGUUCCAUUGAUUGAUUAAUUAAAACUAGUGUUUUUUUGUAUUUGUUUUAAGAAGAAACAGGAACUUAGUGCCAGAGAAAACGUAAGAGCACCUGGACGUUCAGCAGAAGAUGCGCAAUACUUUUUUGCGUGUCCCGAAAGACCAAACUAAUCGGAUGUGUUUUGGGAACUAACAUCUGGUGGAUGGAGAAGCUUUGCAGCUUAAAAAAAACAAAGUUAUUUAAAAGUUUCUCUUUACAAAAAUAGCAAAAGCAUUAUAAACUCCAGGAGACAGUGCGAUAUGGAUUGUGUUGCUUCUGAAAUCCGUGAGUCGGAGGCUGCAGCUGGGAUGCACAUCGCAUCUGAGCCGCGACGUUUCACACCAUGAUGCGGCAACAUAACUGCACCUGACAACGAAUGUCACAGACCUUAAUCCACUCCAGACGGAUCUAAUAUGUCCUCCCUAUUGAACAGGAAGCUGACUCUGUGCCAGGCCCUGACCUUCGUCCUGCUGCUGGUCACUCCCGUCUGCCUGUCGUCCCCGCAAAGUUCAUGGGUUUCUGCGUGGCAUCCCUCAAGCGAGGCAUCAUCAGGGCGUCUGGUGCGUGCCCGGCGGCAGCUGCACUUCAGGAACGAAUGGGCACCGUGGAGCGGCUGGUCUGUGUGUUCCUGUAGCUGUGGUGGCGGAGCCUCAGUGAGGACACGCACCUGCCUCACAAGGAACCCAGUGGGUGGACCAUGCUCAGGAGACCCCAUACAAUACAAGAUCUGCAACACUAAGGAGUGCCCCCCCAGCUCAGAGGACUUCAGAGAGAUGCAGUGUGCUUCCUUCAAUGACAGACCGUUAGUGGCUGGAACCUCCUUCAGAUGGACCACCUUCCACGGAGGCGCAAACCCCUGUGAAUUGAGCUGCCUGGCCCUGGGUCACAACUUCUACUACAACUUUGGCCGUGUGCUCGAUGGCACAAAAUGCGCCAAGGAGCCUGGAGCUAUGUGUGUCAACGGGCGCUGCCUGACGCCCGGCUGUGACUCCAUCUUGGGAUCAAAGCAGCAGGAGGACGCUUGCAUGGUGUGUGGAGGACAAAACACCACCUGCAUGCACCACAAGAGCGUGUAUCAGAGCAAUGGUCUGGAGGAAGGCGGACCGUUUGGAUACAACGAAGUGACCAUGAUCCCAGCUGGAGCUACUCACAUCCGAGUCAUUGAUAACAGCAGGAAUUAUCUAGCCCUCCAGAAUGGUCACUCCCAGUUUGUGAUCAACGGUAACUGGAAGAUCAGCAUUCCGGGGGAGUACAAUGUAGCCGGGACGAAACUGUUGUACCGGCGCUCUGCAGACACCUGGGAGAGCUUCGAGGUACCAGGACCCACCCAGGAAGACCUCCAUCUCAUGGUGCUGGCUACAGACAGAAACCCAGGCAUCGAGUAUGAGUACUGGCUGCCACCAGGUCAAUACGCUCUCCACCAUGGGAGGAGGAGUCCACUGCGCCAAGCUCACCACACUGACAACUACCUCCCCUUGGAUCAACCCUUCACCAAAACCACAACUACCACCACCACCACCACCACCACCACCCGGGCUCCCCCGGUCACCAUCCGACCACACUGGGUUUCAAGGCAUUUAAAGCCACCUCGCCAAUCUCCCCACCACAACCGCCGCCAGCCCGCUCACCAGCCCAUCCUGCCCCGUCUGGAGCGGGAGGAGAACCACCGAAACCUCCUGCCUCAGCCUUCACCCGGAAGAUAUUGUGGAAAAUGUCAUCGGAUUAAAGGUCGAAGGGAACGCCAAAGACAGUAUUGCCAGAAGGACUUUGUUUUCCGUGCCCGAGUGCUCGGAAAGCUGUACAGAGGUCAGGAGACGCGUUAUGACGUCCAGAUCCUCCACACCUACCGCAACGGCUUCCGCCUGGAGCACAGGGAGUUCUUGUGGGUCCCUAACGUGUGUGACUGCCCCCACCUUGAGGAGGGAAAACAGUACAUACUGAUGGUGCGCCGCCACAUCAACCACGAGCAGACACUGAACCGCAUCCUGCUAGAGGAGGAGAGCUAUGUUGUGCCGUACAGACCCCGAGAGGAAGAACAGCUGCGACCCCUCGAAAGACUCUGCAACAAUAGAGGAGCCAAACACCCAGCAGAACGGACGGGAUGAGUGUGUGUGUGUGUGUGUGUGUGUGUGUGUGUGUGUGUGUGUGUGUGUGUGUGUGUGUGUGUGUGUGUGUGUGUGUGUGACAGAAAAUGGAGCUCAUACUGAAGCUUUAUCACAUCCAAUGUUUCAUUUCUGGACCUUUGAAACCCUAUCUGACUACAUCCGAUCCGUGCGAUGGUCUGGUGUAUUCCAGAGUGGCAUUGCUGCAGAAAAUUGACAGCUGGAUAGAAAACAGACAAUUUAAAACUCGCCACAUUAAGAAGACAAAAAGAAAAUCCAUGUUUAUUUAAAAGCUUUACCAGCUUACUGUACCAUAUAGAGCACUUUAGGUGGAUGCUUGUGCCUACCUUUAAAGGGAUAGUCCGGCGAAAAUUGACCCCAGGGUCUUGUUCUGCACGAAAACUGAUCAAGUAAGCCCUCCAGAGAGUUUUUUUCGUUCAUCAACCAGUAUUGAGCUUGCCCGGAAAAACCGGGAGCAACGCUAAUAGCCAAAAUGGAUUACAGUGCAUUUGAUCGGGGCAGUGGCCAGAACGCUUCCAAAACAGCUUUUUUUUAACCACUAACAUUGCUCAAAAUAGCACCAAACCUCUGCAGUAGCAUGACUAGGGUCCCAUUCCAUGGAAAUUUAUAUCUAGUGAUUGUUGACAUGGAAAUGAAAGGAGUUGCCUGUAACUUACAUGCAACUCCUUUCAUUUGAAUUAUACAUUCCAAAACAUUCCUCCUUGAACUGAACUCCAGUGCAUUCGACAAUCGACUUAUGCGGACUUUCCUUGGAGAGGAGUCGGUAUUGGGGGGCAGUUGGUGAGUCUUGUAAAACAGUUAUUUUUAAUAAACUUCGGGUUUGCAAACUACGUUGUUGGUGUUCCAUUUUAUGUGUAGGGACCCUAGUCAUGCUACUGCAGAGGUUGGUGCUAUUUCGAGUAAUGUUAGUGGUUAGAAAAUGCCGUUUUGGAAGCGUUCUGCGCACUGCCCCGAUCGAAUGCACUGUAAGCCAUUUUGGCUAUUAGCGUUGCUCCCGGUUUUUUCCGGGCAAGCUCAAUACUGGUUGAUGAACGAAAAAAACUCUCUGGAUGGCUUACUUGAUCAGUUUUCAUGCAGAAAAUACCUGGGGUCAAUUUUCGCCGGACUAUCCCUUUAACACGUACCAAAGAGAAGAACAUUGACUGAAAUGGCCUUUUUGUUUAUUGCUGGUUUUUCACAGCUAUCAUUCAAUUGUUUUAUAUUAUUAUAUUUUUGUGUGUGCGUACAUUUAUAGAAAAACCACCUCAAAACACUAAACACAGCAACAUUAAACACCAUUUUGAGUAUGUCCUUGACUUAUUUUCUGGGAUAGACAGACUCAUUCAAACAUUUCCAGAAGCUUAGUUAAGUUGGUAUAACAGUAAAUGCUUCAGUCAACUAUUAAUAUUAGGUGUUGGAAUUUAGUCUCAGUCCCUCAAAGUUUAAGCAUAAGGAGCUGGCUUUUCCAGAGCUUCUAUAACAUAAGCCAAAAUGUCUUCAAAAUGUGCCAGACAAUUUGAAAAAUAAUCUUACACUGGUAUUAAAUAUCAUUAUCUCUCCUUCAAACAGCACAUGUAACUGCAGCUCAAUUCAAGUUCAUUGUGCAUGUCACAGCAAUUAGGACUUUAAUCAAAGGUGGAUUUUUCUUUUGGUUUUAACACCAGAUAUAGUAACAACAUAUUGCUUCACAAUAUAUAGUUAUGUAUAAAAAAGCUUAAAGCAAAACACAUUAAGUUGUGUGUCACUUGUUGUUUAACAUAUUCAUGAUGUCUGUUCCUUUUGUGGUAUUCAUUUUUAUAGCGUGUUAAAUCAGGUCUGCUUUGUGAUACUCUAUGUAAAAGACAUUAUGAAAUGAACAGCAUUUUAUUGCACGGCACUGAUUAGCUACAAAUAUACUAAAGCAUCAUUUGACUAAUUGUUUGGGAAAACUUGCAGAUUAAUAGUCAGUUAACUUCUGUGCCUUGUGUUAUGCAUUUCAUAUAUAACACUUUUUUUUCAAACCUCAUCUACAUGUGCCAAAAGUGUAAACAUAAUAAUGACGCGUUAUUCUUAAUAUGAAAGUAUUUAGAUGUUCUCACAAAAAACAACAACAUUGUGUUGAUUUGGUAUUAAAGCUGAAUAAACAUGUUAAAGUGA